CUUUCAUGUUGCGGGAAUUUUGUUGUUGACAACAACGCUGCUAUAAGUAAUUUGGUUUACUAUCUAGCUACCUAGAAUAUAUAAAAUAACGUUUACGAUGACCAGCAGCAGCACUAAUAUCAGUUUGAUGAUCAUGUACGAGGAUGAGUCGGUGGACGUCCGUUACGUAGAUGAUUCCCGUUUGCACUUGUCGCCCUGUGGCUCGGAGUUCGUGUUGGAGAAAGCUCCUGCACGCUCUGCACAUCCUCUCCAGUCUAGCGAGAAGGUUCGACAGAGGACCAGGUUCGCCACCAGCAGCUACAAGGACCUGAUGCUUGGUGCUUUGGAGUUCAGGAACGAGUAUGCGACUCGACCUUACCUGCCUGAAGAACUAAUCCCUGACGACCACAUAAAGCAGGUCUUCAGCAUUGACCCAGAGGUGGAGUGGCCUGCAUGUCAUUCCUGUACUGCUGAGGUGGGAUCGAACCGAGAGACCAUCGUCAGUUCCAGUGGCGGCUGGUGAAAAAUAUUCUCGGUGGG